CGCUAGCACUACACUGUUAUUUCAUUUACCGAUAUUUUCUUCUCAUUCGGAAAAUGGAGUGUUAAUAAAAGAAUUUCUCGCAAACCGAUGCGUUGUUUCAUUUUAUCGUUUUCCUAAUCAGUUUUGCAUUAUUUUUCUCUUAGACUAUGGAAUUAGAAACUACCUGCCCAAUUUGCGGAGACUCCACGAAUGCAACCCUCAAGUGCAGCGGCUGCAAGCUGCAAGUUUACUGCAGCAAGGAUCAUCAGCGACGAGACUGGCCAAGGCACAAGUCAGUCUGUCGCGCGUGGGAGAUCCACGAGAACCCUGAACUAGGACGCCAUUUACUGGCGUCGAGGGAUCUGAACCCUGGCGAUGUAAUCCUCUCAGAAUCGCCACUGGUUUGGGGCCCGUCUCUGCACACCGAUCAAAGGGUUUGCGUGGGUUGUGGUAAACAAUGCAUGUCCAGCAGCGCGAGGUGCACUAUAUGCCUUUGGCCUGCUUGCCAGAUGCACUGUCCCAGUCUUACUGACAAGAAUAGACACGGUUUGGAGUGUUCGUUAUUGGUGAAAGCCAGGAUCGUUCCCAGAUGUGACGUUCUUCUGGUGAUACGUAUGUUAAUACUCUGGCGGAAGAAGUCCAGGACUUGGGCAGCUAUAGAAAAAUUAUUGAGCCACGAGGAUUCUCGAGGACCUGGAACAACUGCAUAUGCCGAGGCUCAGGACGUGGUUCGGCACGUUAAACGUUUUCUACCGGAUAGUCCCGAUGGGAAUAGCAUAGUGGAGAAAAUUUGCGGCUUGAUAGACGUUAACGCAUUGGAAACAGUACCACCCGAAGGCUCGGUGGCGAUCUACGAAACGGCGUGCCUCUUGGAGCACUCUUGUCUGGCCAACACGAAACACACUUUUGCAUUUGACGAUAAAGGAAGACCUCGUAUUACCGUGAAGGCGUUAUGCUUCAUAAAAAAGGGUGACCAUCUGAGCACAAUGUACACGCACGCCCUGUGGGCAACAAUGGCCCGAAGAGCUCAUCUUCGAGAGACAAAAUACUUUUCUUGCCGCUGCGUACGAUGCUCCGACCCAACGGAAUUGGGCACGCACCUGGGCACUUUAAUAUGCCCUCAAGACAACGGUCUCAUUUUACCCAAGGAUCCAUUGGACUUCGAGUCAGAUUGGGGUUGCAAUUCGUGUCCAGGAGUACUCACAGCCUCGGAGGUGAUGCAGUUCACUGGGAAAUUGGAGGAGGACGUCGACGAAGUUAUGAUCCAAGCAAAGAAAAACGCGAUGCUCGAUCUUCUUCAUCGACUUUCAGCACUAUUGCAUCCAGGCCACCAGCAGUGCAUCACCGUCAGUCACUCGUUGAUUCAGAUGCUGCCCGCGAAUGAUCCGAAGAAACCUGAAUUGUGUAAACGUAUCAUAGAAACUACUAAAUUAUUGGACCCAUACGGAGCAAGAUUGGCUUUGUACACGGCUGUUGCCUUGCGAGAAUUGUCCACUUGUCCCGGAGAAGAUGAAAAAAGGCUUCUUUCCGAUGCAGCAUCAUUGCUGCAAUUCGAACCACCUAACUCACCCGGUGAAAAGCUCAAGGACUUGAUACAGACCGAGCUGUAGUGUCAUCAACA